GAACUGAGCAAGAUGGCGGCGCGCAUGGGAGGACGCGUCUGACUUCGACAGUCCGCAGGACACACGGCGCGAAGUUGCUUCUGCUCCUGCUGCUUAUUAAAGCUUCCUGUCGCUUGAUGGUCAUCAACUAAAGGUUCCAAGUGCUUUUACAUCGACAAGCAACGUGUUGCCGGUUAACCGACGUGGAGCUUACAGUUUCAGUAAAGUCGCUACCUCUCGACACUGCAGUAGGGUGGUCACCGCUUCUCCACAUACACCACUGGUCGGAGGUUCACUACCAGUGAACAGAUACGUAGUCCUCGGUUCUCUUUUUUGUCGUAACAGUGGAGAGGAGGACGAGUGAGUGACGUGUCCUUACGAUGACGUGGUACGACCUGUCCUCGUUCGUCGACCACCGCGAGCACCUCCUGGAGGAAGCCUUCGGGGCACUCUCUCCCGACGAACUGAACAUCCUCACCCCACUCGAGCUGCAGCACAUCCCAUUGGAAGAGCUCAAGAAACUUUGCAUGCAGCAACUCCAAAGAAUGCCCCGCGCACGACUUCUGGCCGUUCUUCAGGAUCCACUCGUCAAACUGUGGACGUCGAAUUCCAAUGACGACACCGGACCCCAUCCUUCGAGUGAGCACCGUCUUCAAGGCAUCGUGUCUGAGAGAGCGCAGAAAAACAGCAGCAUCGAACAGGAGUACCGCGACAUCUCAAGCAUGUGCACUGCGGCCCAGAUGGAGAUUUUGGAGCUGGAGCUCCGAGCGCGCGCCAUCCGCUCGCUCAUGUCCGCCAAGGCGCGAGACACGACCGACAAGACAACCGCAGCGCCCUCUUCGGAUUUCGGCGGCGGAUAUGGGCAUCAAUAAGCCUGCGCCGUUGAAUGAUGCCAGGGCCGUUGUUAUCGACAGCUCGGAGUUCUUUAAAUUGCUCCUGAACCGUCUCAACCGCCAUCACGAUUGGCUGACGUUUUUCCCUAACCGGACCUUAUAGGGAGAAACGCUAAACCCUGUAUUCUAGAAUACUCCUCCACUCAGCACUUCACCUUGACUCGAGAAUAUCGAUGGCAGCGCCGCCCAUUGACAGAAGUGUCCACUACGCUUCUCAGGCGCACCACGGCAAUUCUUGAGAAGCGUAUAGAUUGCUUGCACUGACGUCACCUUCGCGGCCAUGUUGGAGGACCAGAAUUGUCGGAAACUUGCAGCUGCAGUGGUCAGGCUUGAUCUUUCUGCUGUAAGUUGUCGUACACAAUCCAUCAGCGUCCCCACUGCGUCUGGGUGACAUUGAAGCAUGUUGAUCGCGGCAUUGAAUAUGAAUAUGAGCCGCCAUAUUGGAGAACCAGUACGGUGGGACGCUUUGUGUCUGACGUCACGUGCAAGGCAUCUUUACCGGCUUCCUUUGGUCAACGAGCAGCGCUGUGCUCCACUCGGUGAAGUAAAAGAAGGAAUUGAGUUGAGGAUUGUUUUUGAAUACGUGGGUAAUAAGUGUGUUUCAACCUUAAAGUAUUAUUCUUUCAAGUUCCAGCACCGGCAUGCCAGUUUGACGUCGCUGAUAUUGAGCCAUUUCUGAAGGCAAUGU